GUGUGCCGUGUGCCGGGCGAGAAACGAAAACCGCUGGUGUUGUGACAAAGCCAGAAAUCUCGUACUUCUAGCACGCUGUGACUCGUGGGAUACAUUUCAAACGCGUGUAUUGACUCGACAGCUUCCAAGAUGGAUAUGCGACCGAACAAUACGAUUUACAUAAACAAUCUCAACGAGAAAGUCAAGAAAGAAGAGCUCAAGAAGUCGCUGUUUGCCAUCUUCUCGCAGUUCGGUCCAAUCCUCGAUAUUGUCGCGCUCAAAACUCUCAAGAUGCGAGGACAAGCUUUCGUUGCAUUCAAAGAGAUCAAUGCCGCUAGCGAGGCUCUGCGAUCGAUGCAGGGUUUCCCCUUCUUCGACAAACCGAUGCGCAUCCAGUAUGCGAAAUCAGAUUCCGACGUCGUCGCCAAAAUGAAGGGAACUUUCGUCGAACGUCAGAAAAAGCCGAUCGAGAAAGUUCAGCCGAAAAAAGGAGUCAAAGUUCCGGAGAUUCCGGUCGCCACGGGUCCGUCGGGUCCGGUUGCCGACCAGCCGCCGAACGCCAUCCUCUUCCUUACUGGUCUGCCAGAGGAGACGAACGACAUGAUGCUCCAGAUGCUGUUUGGACAAUUCCCCGGAUUCAAGGAGGUCCGUCUGAUUCCUGGUCGACCAGAUAUAGCCUUCGUCGAGUACGAGGAUGAAGCGCAGUCGACGGCAGCGAAGAACGGAUUGCAAGGAUUCAAGGUGACGCCCACGGCGCCGAUAAGAAUCACUUUUGCGAAGAAGUAGUUGCGGUGAUGGAGACUCGGCCAGUGUGCGACGACAUGGAUUACAUCAAACAGCAACAACAGAUGAUUCCGGAAAAGAGGGAGAUUCCGUUGCGUACGCUAAAGCCUGCUGUAAAAUAUCAUUGAUGAGAACGAGUUAGUCUCUAUUGCUCUAUUGUACAAUAAACCGUCUACAUUUUU